GACGCAUUCACUUAUCAGCUCUUCAGCGGCGACCUGAGGCUCAGCUAUAUACAGUACACUGUAUCUGAACACACCAUGCUGCAUGGGACUCCUCUCCACCAGUGAUGCCUGCCUCUCCCGCUACUCUCCUCUGUGUGCUAUUAUGUGUGUCAGUGGCUCUGCAGCGCUCUGACCUGCGCCUGGCUUAUGUGACCCACAACAGCUUCUACUACUACUCCUGCAACCAGGAUCCACAACCCUGCAGCAUCUCAGCACUUACAGACUGCAGGUGCAAGAACAUCCCACUUUCUAUGCUGCACCGCCCCCAGUCGCACUCAUCCCCUGUUUUCUGGAUGAGACAUUUAAUUGUUUGGUUUACAUCGCCAUUAAACGUAGCACAUCUUCUCAACAACUCAGAGGUGAGGCACCUCACUCUGAUCCGAUGUGGCCCUGGAGAUUCCAACGAGCCACCUUCUUCUUCCCUGGACAGAUAUUUUGCUGUGCAGCAUCUGGAGAGGCUAACAGUGGUAAACAUCUCACAGAAGCUGGUUCACCAUUGUCCAGAUGCAAACAGAGCUAAGAACACAGACUCAGACUCUGAGCCAGACAGAGAUAACAGUGCUCACCAAGACACAAACAGAUACAACAGAGAUAGACACACAAACCUGGACCUGGAGGCAGACAUGAAGCAAGAUUCCUUGGGUUUGUCCUCACCCCAGAUCCAAGACAUCUUUCUGGACAGGGAACUGGGAGCAGCGUAUCAUGAACAGGCUCGACUGGGAAUCAUCCACGACUCUGUGCUGGACUGGGGAGCAGUGGUCAAAGCCUACACAGUCCAGACACACAUAGACAGUGAUGGUUUGCUGCCCUUUCCUGACCUCCACCUGCCAAAAUUACCAGAGACAUCUGUCAUAUAUGUCAGCUUUGUGUACUGAUACCAAGUUAGGUUGUUUCAGUUUUGGAGGAAACAACAGGAGAAAGGAGCUGCUCCCCAGAGAGUGUAAAGUUUGUUGUAUUAAAUAGAUUGUUUACUUUUUUGUUGUUGUUGCAGGUCUACACUUUACCUUUUGUCUUAAGAAUAAUCCCUUCAUUCUCUUAAAAUGGGAGAAAUCACUCAAGCUCAUAAUUAGUUUUUUUAAGCUGACAAUACAAAACAAAGCCUUAAUACAGUACCAAGCAAAAGUGGAAUUAUGACCAUUCAGUAAGUGCAAUGAAACUGAUCAAAAACCUUUUCCAAAACCUGCUUGAAAAGCAAAAUUGCAGUCAUUAUAAAUAAUUGUAAUACCCGUUCGCUUCCAAAAUCGAGCCACUAGAUGGCAGCAGAGUCAACGAAGAAACCAAACAUGUUGAGGAAGAACUGAGCUGACACUGCACCGGGAAAAAGUUGAUAUCUACUUUUAUUUAUUUAUUUUUUUUAAGUUGUCUACAGCUCUUCAAGAAUCCAGUAAACCCUUAAAAGAUUGCGAGGAAGCUUUAGCGUUACAUUAAGUGUUAACAAAGUAUGGCCAGUUAUUUGUGGAGAAAAACUGGAAUCAAUGCAGUUGUUGACAAAAACAACAGAAACGAUGUACAUCUUACUCAUGACUGGUGAAUUUAAGAUCAUCUUUGUUAUUAGAUUUGUCCAAAUGAAAUAUGUGUAACCUGGGUAAAAUAGCAUAAUGCAUUAUAGUUAAACCUCAUUAGAAAGUUCAUUUGCUUUUGAACAAUGGUUACCAUAAAUAAAUUGAUUUCAUACGAUUAAUAUGGUUAAAAGCUUUAUGUUGAUUUAUUUUAUGUUAUUUUGAAGGUUCAAGGAAGUGUUGUGUGUAAAAUACCAUAUAUAAAUAUGACAAAUUAUUGGUCAUCCGUUGGUAAAAGUAGUGAUACCCAGGGAAAGGAGAGAAGAAGAAAAAAGGAAGCCACAACUUGGUGAAGUUUAUGCACACCCUAAAUAUGUUAAGUAUGUGGACUGCAUCUUAGGCUGUCAACUCCAGGAUCUACUGUAAGAUAUUUGUCCUACAUAGUUUGUAGUACAUGACUGGAUAUUCCUCUGCACUGAGUUGAAUUGCAGUUGUGUAGUGUUAUGGUGGUUAGCCUGGUAGCAUACCUAGCUAACUUGUUAGCAUUCCUUUGCUAAAUGAAUGUUGGUAUGGUGGUAUAGCUAACCCGGCUUGCUCCCAAGACUGUAUUAAUCCUUUCCUGGACCUGGAAUUCAUGGGCAUUAUCAGAGACAGCGCUAAGUGACCUACC